GAAGAAUGGUAGAGGGAACCAAGCAGCCGGCGCUGGUGAUCGAUGGAGGAGGCAAGUGGCGCCAGUCUGAGCGUCUCUCGGGUGAUGGCGGCCCGCUCCUCCACCUCUCCCGCCCUCACACACACGCUACACACCGUCUGACCACAACACCAGGGUGAAUAAUUGUAAAAAUGCCAGCAUCACUUGAUUGCAAGGUGUAUGUUGGAGACUUGGGCUCGGGAGCAUCGAAACAAGAGCUCGAGGAAGCUUUCUCAUACUAUGGCCCAUUGAGAAAUGUCUGGGUGGCCCGUAACCCUCCGGGCUUUGCUUUUGUAGAAUUUGAAGAUGUUCGUGAUGCUGAAGAUGCAGUUAGAGGACUGGAUGGCAGGACAAUAUGUGGUCGCCGUGUGCGUGUAGAGCUAUCAACUGGUAAAUCCCGAAGCAGAUUUCGUGGCCCCCCUCCUCGUCGAGGCAGGCCUUUCCACCCUGAGGACCGUUGUUAUGAGUGUGGAGAGCGUGGCCACUAUGCUAGAGAUUGCUAUAGGUACAGCCGACGUCAUGGAUCAAGGUACUCAAGGUCCCGAAGUCGAAGUCGCUCACCUCGUAGGAGAAGAUCAUACACAAGGUCCAGAUCUCGCUCAAGAAGUAGGACUAGGGAUCGCUCCCACUCACGUGACCGAAGCAGAUCUAGGGAGAGGUCCAGGUCUCGCUCACGUACCAGGGAUCGCAGUCGCAGUCGUACACGUGAAAGGUCCAGAUCACCAUCAAGGGAAAGGGAUCGGUCUCGCUCAAGAGAUGACAAGGGGGACCGAAGCCGAUCACGAACUCCAGUUCAAAAUGGCAGCCCUAAGGUGAAGGCAGAUGAUGUGAAUGAUGAGUGAAUUAGACAGCUGUAUGAGCUGUUACAAUUUUUCAGUUUUGUACUUGUUGGAUGUUAGAUUGAUGUAUAAUGAUGACUAAUCAGUCUUAUCAAUUAUCAUCAAUAAGGUAUUAGUAUUGAAAUUGCAGAAAAAGUGAAUAGAAUCCAAGUUUAAUUGGUUAGUAAAGUUGGAUGCAUUCCAACAUAUAUAUAAAUCACACAGCACUGUAUGGUUUACAUUUUCAAUAAAAAACUUAUUAUUA